CAAAUUUUUCAACUUCAUUUUUUGAGGAGACACAAAAAAGAAAUAAAGAAAUUUUACGGAUAAUCAUCUUUUCAUUUUGCUCUCGAUUUCACUAUCUUCCUGCUUUGUUUAAAAGUUCUAUAAAAUUAAACAAAAACAUUGUGAUAGUUUUUUUUCAAUACCAAAACUAACAAAAAAAUCAUAAAUAAACAUGAGUUUCUUUGGUAAAAUGUUUGGGGCAAAAAAAGAAGCUGCCCCAACAACGGGCGAAGCAAUACAAAAACUUCGUGAAACUGAAAAUAUGCUAAUUAAAAAACAAGAAUUUUUAGAAUCGAAAAUUGAUCAAGAACUUGAUAUGGCUAGAAAAAAUGCAUCAAAAAAUAAGCGAGCUGCCAUUCAGGCUUUGAAGCGGAAGAAGCGCUAUGAGAAACAAUUGCAACAAAUCGAUGGAACUUUGUCUACGAUUGAAAUGCAACGGGAAGCCCUCGAAAGCGCAAACACGAAUACAGCUGUUCUUACUACAAUGAAGAACGCAGCUGACGCACUCAAGGCUGCUCAUCAAAAUAUGGAUGUUGACCAAGUUCACGAUAUGAUGGAUGAUAUUGCCGAGCAACAAGACGUUGCCAAGGAAAUCUCAGAUGCUAUUUCGAAUCCAGUUGCCUUUGGAGCCGAUAUUGAUGAUGAAGAACUUGAACGUGAAUUAGACGAGCUAGAACAAGAGAACUUUGAUAAAGAAAUUAUUGGAAUUGGCGAGCCAACACCUCUGCCGGAAGUACCUACGGACGAUGUCAAAGAAAAGGCAGGUGGCACCAAACAAAAAGAAAAGAAACAAGCAACAAAUGAUGAUAUGAAUGAUCCCAGCAUGAAGGAACUCCUAGCCUGGGCUGAAUAAUUCAUUCUUCUUUUUGUCUCUUAAAAUAAAUAUAUUAAAAAAAGUAUGCUUCGAUAUUUAUAUACAAUAAAAUAACAAAACAAACAAAAA